GCAUGGGCCGAGGGGGCAGACAACAGCGCUCCCAGCCAGAUGGUGGACAGCCUGGCUGGCAUGUUUGGCGGGGAGCACAUUCUCCCUCGCAACGCUAUGCAGGUAGUGGAUCUCACGUCCGACACCAACCGUGGAGCUGCUUCCUCGCAAGACCAGGGACCUAUGAAUGGGCUGCAGCAGUUGCUCAAUGUGGCACGUCGUGCGGAGCAAAGGGUGGUGAAGCUCAUGCAACAGCGAGACAAGGCCAAAGCCCAAUGGGAUGCCUGGGAUCAAGAGAUGAAACAGGCAUUUCUGCGCGAGAAGCGCAAGUUUGCUCAGAACUCCGAGCGAUUGGAGAGGGAUAUUGCGGAGGCGCUGAACCAGCAGGAGCAAGCACGCCUCAUGGUGUUUGGGCCUGGUCUCCCAGCUGCUCAGGAGAUGUUCCCCACGGCGGACGAGGAUCGUUCGUGGGAGAUCGCACGCGAGGCUUGGGAGAAGGAGGCGGCCAACGACAUGGAUGGGGUUUUGGAGCGCGCUGUUGCCCAGGCAAGGGCAGCUGGCUUGACUCCCUUCACCCCUAUGCGUGCAAGGCCGGUUCAGCCUAUGACUCCGAAUUCGGCCAUGCCCGCCAGAUCCGCUGUCGCCGGCGGGGCUCUUACGAGUUCUGGGGUGGAGGAUCCAUACUUGGCUACCGUGACAGAGAAUGGUCCAGCUCCGAGCUGGACCCCUCCUGCUACGGGACCCGCCUCUAUGAGUGCGAGACCUCCUGGCCUGGACACCGGGAGCCGACAAUCUCCGAAGCACCCAGGACAGCGCGACUUUGGGCUCCCGCGUCAGAUGACUGCCGAGGCCCCCCCGAGGGAAGAUAUCAAGUCUGCGACGAUGCUCCCGCCUGCCAAGGCCACUCGCAACAUCUCGCUCGAAGAGAAGCUGGAGGCCAGACGCGCUGCCGAGCUGCAGAGCAUGGCUCUUCGGCCCUUUGGGGUUGGAGGCCUGAUCAAUAUGGCCGCUGGGCCAAAACCCACAGGUCUUGUGGACGACGAUUCCGACGAGGACAAACACAUGGCUGCCGAUGGCACUCUUGCAAGCCUGGACGAGCGGCCUUCGGAGACGUAA